ACUUGCAUAUUGAUUUCUAUUAUAUUUCUUUGAGUUUUCUUGGAAGGUUCAUUUUUCAGUUUGUUCUAAGAUUAAAUAUCAUGUGGUGGUGUGUGGGAAAGACAUUCACUUUUCGGUUUCAAUUUCUUAAUUAAGAGAUCUUAUUUCUAAGUUUCUUUGUUUCCACAAGCACUCUCCAAAAGUUAUCUUACGCGGAAGAUUAUAGUCUCAAUUUGUUUACUCACAUAUUUUACAGUUAUGCGGCCUGAUGGGCUACCCACUGCCUAUAUGUGCUAGCUCUAAUGGAUAGCGGACUUUUUACGGCAAUGGAGUAUUUAGUGGGUAGCCAUGGCAGGGCUGAUGGUUGCAGGAGCAUUUCUUACACCUGUCAUCCAAGUUAUUGUUGAGAGGGUUGCCUCAGGAGAUUACAAAGACAUCUUCAAGAAACGAAUGGUGAAUAAACUCGAAAUCAAUUUGAAUUCUAUCAAUCAAGUGUUGGAUGAUGCAGAGACAAAGCAGUACCAGAAUCCAAAUGUGAGGAUUUGGCUUGAUCAUAUAAAACAUGAGGUAUAUGAAGUAGAACAGCUGUUGGAUGAGAUUGCUACAAGUGCACAACAAAAGAGCAAGGUUAAACACUUCUUUUCAUCUCUGACUAAUCAGUUUGAAUCUAGGAUGAAAGACUCGCUAGAUAAGCUAGAACAUCUUUUAAAGCAAAAUGAUGUGUUGGGAUUGAAAGAAGGAACAUCUGCUCGUAAUGGACUUGAAGUCGGUCCAGAAUCUUCAAAAAGAGUGCCAACGACGUCUUUGGUGGAUGAAUCUAGAAUACUUGGUAGAAAUGGUGAUAAAGAGGAAAUUAUUGAUUUCUUACUUUUAGACACUGGUAGUGGUUGCAACCACGCACCAAUAAUCAGCAUAGUUGGUCUUGGUGGGAUGGGUAAGACAACCCUUGCUCGGCUCGUCUACAAUGACGACAAGGUGCAAAAAGGCUUUGAACUUAAAGCUUGGAUCUAUGUUUCAAAUCCAUUUGAUAUUUUUGGGCUCACUAAAGAAAUUCUCGAGCAAUUUAAUUCUCCAACAGAUAGUGAAAGCUUGGAAAUACUUCAAUGUCAAUUGCAACAGAUAGUAAUGGGAAAGAAAUAUUUGCUUGUUCUAGAUGAUAUUUGGAAAGCAAAUGAGAAAAGUUGGGAGCAGUUACUAAUUCCCUUUAACAAAUGUUCUUCUGGAAGUAAGAUUAUUGUGACAACAAGAAGUAAAGAUGAUGCAUCAGCCAUGGAAUCUGCCAAGUUAGUUGAAUUAGAACAACUCGAGAAGAGUGAUUGCUGGAGUUUAUUUGUGACACAUGCUUUUCAAGACAGAAACGUAAUUGAUUAUCCAGAUCUUGAACCAAUUGGAAAGAUGAUUGUAGACAAGUGUGGAGGGUUGCCAUUAGCUGUUAAAACAAUGGGGAACCUCUUGAGAAAAAAAUUCUCUAAAAGUGAAUGGGAGAAAAUAUUGAAGACUGAUAUGUGGCGUUUAUCAGAGAGAGACAGCAACAUAAAUCCAGUAUUGAGACUAAGUUACCACAAUCUUCCUUCAAAUUCGAAGCGUUGUUUUGCAUAUUGUUCCAUAUUUCCCAAGGGUUAUAUCUUUGAUAAGAAUAAGUUAAUCAAUAUGUGGAUGGCAAAUGGUUUGCUGAAUUCCUACAAAAGUAACAAAAGUAAAGAAGAGUUGGGUAGUGAAUCGUUCGAAGAUCUUGAAUCAAUUUCAUUUUUCCAAAGAUUUCUAGAUUCUGAUGGUUUGUUUGUCAUGCAUGAUCUUGUCAAUGACUUGGCAAAAUCAGAGUCUCGAGAGUUUUGCUUACAAGUGAAUGGUGAUAUGGGGCAAGAUAUAUCUGAAAGGACACGCCACAUUAGGUGUUCUCUUGAUUUGAAAGCCGGUGAUGAGAUAUUAAAGCAUAUUUCUAGAGCUAAGGGAUUACACAGCUUGUUGGUAGCAUCACCAAGGUAUGGUGGCGAAUGCUUCAUGAUAAGCAACAAUAUGCAAUGUGAUAUGUUUUCAAAAUUGAAAUAUUUGCGGAUGUUAUCAUUUAGUGAUUACAAAAAUGCAUCCAGAGAGCUAGAAAUAGCAGAUGAGAUAGGGAGUUUAAAUCUUUUGCGCUAUCUAGACCUAUCUUGGACAUAUAUUAAAAGGUUGCCCGACUCUAUCUGUAAGCUUUAUAACUUAGAGAUACUGGAAUUGAGAAGCUGUGGUAAUUUGACUGAAUUGCCUUUAGACUUUUACAAACUUGACGGUUUACGCCAUCUUAAUCUGGAAGGAACUGCAAUAAAGAAGAUGCCAAAGCAGAUAAGGAAACUAAACCAUCUACAAACGCUGACUAAUUUUGUUGUGGGAGAGUCGAGUGGGUCUGAUAUUGAGAAGUUAGAAAGUCUCAAUCUUCUUCAAGGAAAAAUUUUUCUUUCUGGAUUGAACAAUGUCACCGAUCCAACACAUGCCGUAAAGAGCCGUUUGCAAGAUAAGAAGUAUUUAGAAGAAAUACAUAUGAUAUUUGAUGGUUCAGUAGUGGAAAGCAAUGUGUCUGUCUUGGAUGCCCUUCAACCAAAUAACAAUCUGAAGAGACUCACUAUCCAGAACUACAAUGGCAAUAUGUUUCCAACUUGGAUAAGGGGGUGUGAUUUACCCAAUUUAAUAUCUCUUAAACUUCAGAACUGUAAUGGAAUAAAGAUCUUUGGCAAUAACUCAACAAAUGUUCCAUUCAAGUUCCUUGAAGUUUUGGAAUUUGACUGUUUGUCUGAAUGGGAGGAAUGGGUAUGUAUUGAAGGGUUUCCUCGGCUUAAAGAGAUUUCUAUAAAUGAUUGUCCCAAAUUGAAAAGGAUAUCACUGCCUCAACAUCUUCCUUCAUUAAAUAAAUUGAUUAUAGGUGGGUGCAAAAUGGUGGACGUGUCAAUUCUCAAUUAUGAUAAAAUCAUAGUGUUGGAUCUACGGAAUUAUGAGCGGAUUAUGAUAAAUGAGCUGUCAUCAAGCUUGAAAAGGUUUGUCCUUGGUGAAAAUCAGCAUGUUGAGUUCUCCAUGGAUCAUUUAAUCAACAAUCCCUUUCUGGAAGAGUUGUCGUUGGAUUUUAAGGACUUGGUAGAAUGUCCCUCUUUAGAUUUGUGUUAUAAUUCUCUUUGGGAUUUUUCAAUAAGAGGAUGGCAGUCCUCCUCGUUGCCUAUUUCACUACACUUGUUCACCAAUCUAAAUUUUCUAAAGUUGUUGGAUUGUCCAAGGCUGGAGACUUUUCUUAUUGGAGGUUUGCCUUCCAAGUUGUGGUCCCUUCAUAUAUGCAAUUGCCCAAAAUCAAUUACUUCCAGAGAGGAGUGGGGUUUGUUCCAACUCAAUUCUCUACAUAUGUUUACGGUUAGUGAUGAUUUUGAAAAUGUGGAGUCCUUCCCCGAGCAGAAUCUACUGCCACCAACUCUGGAGUCUCUUAGCAUCGAUAAAUGUUCAAAGCUAAGAGUAUUGAACUACAAGGGAUUUCUCCACCUCAAAUCUCUCUUUCAUAUAUCUAUUAAUAACUGCCCUAGUCUUGAGAGUUUGCCAGAGGAGGGUCUACCCAACUCCCUUCAUACUUUGUCCAUUGAAAACUGUCCAUUACUUGAAGAGAAGUACAAAAAGGAGGGAGGAGAGCGUUGGCAUACAAUUAGUCACAUCCCUUCUGUGAUGAUUGAUGGUAUUCAGCAACAUUAGAUUGAGCUGUAGAAAUGAGAUGUUUGUCAGAGGCAAGUACAACCCAUGUGUUCAUUUUAUUCUUAAUUUUUUAUUUGGCACAAUAAUAACACUCUGUAUGUAUUUGAUGUUUAACAGUGAAGUGACCCUUUGGCAUACUUGAUAAUGUAUUUGUAUCUGUUGUGUGAUCUCAUUUGACCCACAUUCCCAUACAAUUGUAGUUUUAGGUUAAACGAUCUUUGUAAAACUUUGAAGGCUUCGAUUCCAAUGACUGAUAUGCUGUUAGUGAUGACUUGAAAACACAUGGAGUCCUUUCCAAAUGAGAACAUGCUGCCACCAACUCUCUAUCGACACAGUUUCAAAUAUGUUGAUGGAUAUGACAAGAAAAUAUGACGAUCAUCACAAGUUUUGCAUACAAUUGAACUCAGCGAUACUCCAAAUUCAGUUUUGUAUCAACAUAUACUGUGCAAAUCCUAUUUAUAUAUAUAGCAUCUUAUUUGUCAUUGUUCAUAGGUAAAAACAAUAAUGUUUUGAGAAAUUGAGAACUUCAUGGGCAAAGGUAGGACAGUAACGGGCAACAGAAAAUACUAACACUGCCAUAUUUUAUUUUACAACAUGCUGCUACACUUGAUAUGUGUGUUUAAAUAGAAAAAGAUCUUCAAAGCAUGCUGCUACAAACACAUUUUCACAUUCCAUUGAUUAUUUUGAGAAUAGCUUUCUCUAUUGACAUAGCCUCAAACAUAAAUAGUUUCUUCCUGAAAAACAUAAGUUUUGCAUACCAAGCACCUUGUUCAAGCUAUUCAAAACCAUUUCAUGGCAAUUUUCAUUUUCAAUUUUGAAUCAUUCUAUAUAUUUAUAUAAAAUAGUUUUAAAUUGCUGAGAUCCUUUACAAUAAAUUUCAUGGAUAUUUAAAAUGGGACACAAUGAAUAGAAAGUAUUUAUGAAUGAGGAUUUCUUCUAAAGGAACUAAUUUUUUUUCAGGAAUUUAGAGCUAUAUGUACAAAGUAGGACAUAAAAAAGUUUAAUGUUAUUCUAAUCUAGCCCUGAUCUUGGUACAAGCAAAUAAUUGAUAUCAAAUACCAACAGAAGUUUGGAAGUUGAUCUUGCAUGCACAUUUAAAAGCAGUAUUUGCACCAUACAUAGUUCAUAAAAGUAUUUCUGAACAAAGUUGGCUUCUGAAGGAAAUAGUGCUUUUGAGGAAUUUAGAGCUAUCUCUUCACCAGUAAAAAGUUUAAAAGGCAAGAUAAAUCUAUUUUAUAAUGUAUCACCUUAGGAGUUUUUAAACUUUUUACUAUCUUUUGCUAGAUUAUUGGUUAGAAUAGUGGAGGUUGUAUUUCUAGAUUAUUGAUUAGCAUAGUGUAGAAAUCU